GAAAGGAAACUGAUAAAAGAGUGGUAAAAUCUCAACACUCAGCAGGCCGUGUGGUAUUGUGAUUGUUGAUUUGUCGCAGAGAGUUGGAAGCGGUUUCGCUUGUUUUGUGCAAUAAUCGACUGAAUUUUCGAUAUAAUUUUUGUGCUUAGUAAUUAUUGUACUUUCGUUUUUUAUUAGAAUACUUUUAUUAUCCAUCCAAUCCACAAUGGAACGAAAAUUUGUUAACGUUAUUCUACUUGGGUUUGGAUUUAUGUUCGUGUUUACGGCAUUCCAGACUAUGGGAAAUAUUGAGAAAACGAUCCUAGACAGUAUAUCCCAAGAUGACAGUUCAUUCACCGGCGACGGAUACACGUCCCUGGCCAUCAUCUACGCGACCCUGGCCGUGUGCAACUGGCUGGCGCCCUCCGUCAUCAGUAUCACGGGCCCCCGCGGCGCCAUGUUUAUUGGAGGAGUCACCUAUUUGUUCUUCAUCGUGACGUUCCUGUUUCCGCGCACAUGGCUGCUGUACGCAGCCAGCGUGCUGAUCGGCGCGGGCGCAGCCGCCAUUUGGACCGGCCAGGGGAACUACCUCACCAUCAACAGUGACUCUGACACUAUAUCCAGGAACUCUGGUAUCUUCUGGGCCAUGCUGCAGUGCAGUUUGUUCUUCGGCAACCUGUUCGUGUUCAUAAAGUUCCAAGGAAAGACCCACAUAGAUCUGGAGACUCGUAACAUGGUGUUUGGUGUUCUCACCGCCAUCUGCGCACUCGGACUCAUAUUCCUGAUUCUUUUGCGGCCGGUCCGCCGCGUGCCCGAGCUAGAAGCUAAGAAUGAAGUGUCACCUGAAUCCGACGGUCCCUUGGAAGCUUUCAAAGGAGCGUUGAGAUUAUUUUGUACCAAAGAUAUGAUGCUCCUCAGUCUUACUUUCAUUUAUACCGGUGUGGAGCUAUCAUUCUUCAGCGGUGUGUACAGCCCCAGUAUCGGUUUCACCACAGCGAUGGGAGAGAACGCCAAGCAGCUGGUCGGACUGUCUGGUGUCUUCAUCGGCAUGGGAGAGGUGCUCGGAGGAGCACUAUUCGGUAUACUAGGCAACAAGACGACUCGCUGGGGCCGCGACCCUAUCGUGAUCAUGGGCUACGUGAUCCACCUGGUCAGCUUCUUCCUCAUCUUCAUCAACCUGCCGUCCGAAGCCCCGUUCGGCGACACGGACAAGAUCUCCUACAUCAACCCGUCACCGUACCUCGCCAUGCUGUGCAGUUUCUUACUCGGCUUUGGCGACGCCUGUUUCAAUACUCAAAUUUAUUCCAUCUUGGGAGGAAAUUACUCCGAUAAUAGCACGUCGGCGUUCGCUUUGUUCAAGUUUACUCAGUCACUGGCGGCGGCCGCGUGCUUCUUCUAUUCGUCCAAGGCGUUGCUGUCGGUGCAGCUGGCGAUCCUGGGCGUGCUGGCGUCGCUGGGCACGGCCACGUUCUGCCGCGUGGAGUGGCGAGCGCGGGCGCGCGCGCGCGUCGCCGCACUCGACGCGGUGGACGACAAGCCCGCCGCUACACAGGCGCUGGCCGACAACGCCCUGCACUAUGAAUGAUCUCACACUCGAUACUGGGUACUGGCCACACGAGACGCGACCGUGUUCUAAAUUCGAAUUUUUCGAAUACUGGUAUUAAUUUGAAAUUACUCAUAUAAAACUAUAGACAUCGUCAUACCUUUCGUUUCACUCAUACAAAAAACGCGUUUUCGAAAUGGGACAGAGGGAUUGUAUGUAUGAAUUAGACUGGGAAGUUGUAUGUAAAUUGUCUAUAUCAUUUUGCUAAGUUAACUCAUUUAGUUUUUUCCGCGAUUCCGUGGAAGCAUUUUUUAAAUAAAGGCGAUAUAAGUAUUUUAACAAAAACUUAUAUUAUAUUUCUUGAUUACUACUAAUAUUACCUAACGAUAUUAGUAUUGAUGUGGCAUUGUUAAUAUGAAACGAAUGUAUUGGUAAAUAAAAAAGUUUUGCCUACUAAAACCAUGUCUGAAAGAAAACCUAUGCAAAUUGAUAGAAUAUUUAAAUGUUGACUGAUGUAUAUUGUUAGCAGGGUUUCUAGUAAAUAUAAGAAGGAAAUAGAUUAAGAGAAUGUUAUCUAUGAAUUAUUUAUAUUAAGUGCAUUAUUAUUAUUUACUUACAUGGAUCAAAUAAGCUUUUAUGCCAAAAUAAAAUUUCGUAAUUUGCCUUUAUAAAGAUACUAUUGUAUUUUAUGCAAUAGAGUACAUUUUGCAAAAGUUAUAAAAAUAUUUAUGAAUCAGGUUUCUUAAUUUCCAAGGAUAGGUAUGUCAGUAAAUUAUAAUAUAUUAUAGUAAAUGUAUUUAAGUGAUAUGGAUCACAUUAUAUAUAUUUUUAAUCACAGACACAUGUUUGUGGCAUAGAUUUGACAUAGAUAUUUGUGAUAGUACAAAAACCCUAUAAACAUUUUUACAUAUCUCAAAUAUCUUGAUCAAUAAUCAUUUGUUAAAUAAAUGUGCACAUUGGUAAGGAAAAAAAAUGCUAGUCAGAAAAACAUAAUUGGCAUAUGUACCUAUUUUGUAUUUUAUAUUAUGAAGUAUUAAAACAACACAUUCCUUAACAUAUUUACUGUGUAUUUGUUGUGUAUAUAAGGAUUUUAUUUACAAGUUACUCAUUUACUUUGUUAGUUAAUUACUACAUAUUUUACUAAGAAUUAAUUUUAUAUUUAGUUGCCAUUAAUUGAGUGAAAGUAUGAUUGAUAUGAAAACUUUUGUUGACAGUGAACUAGACAGAAUAGAUUAUUGAAUACUAAUCUUGAUUUAAUUAAUAAGUCAACAUUUUUAAAAUAUGAUAUGAAAUAUUAGUUACAUGAAUAAAGUUAUAUUUUAUAUA